AUGUCGUCCUCUCUGCAACCAAUCACUCUCUACGCCCACGGUGGGAGUCCCAAUCCGCUCAAAGUGGCCAUCAUUCUCGAGGAACUGUCGGUCCCAUACAAGAUUGUGAACCUCAGCUCGGCCGAGCUGAAGCAGGAGCCGUACACGACCAUCAACCCGAACGGCCGGGUGCCGGCCAUCGAGGACCCCAACACCGGCAUCUCGCUGUGGGAGUCCGGCGCCAUCAUCCAGUACCUGGUCGAGCGGUACGACGGCGACGGCCGGAUCUCGACCACGACCGUGCCGGAGAAAUACCAGCUCAACCAGUGGCUGCAGUUCCAGGUCUCCGGCCAGGGCCCGUACUUCGGCCAGGCCUGGUGGUUUCUGUACUUCCACCCGGAGCCGCUGCCCAGCGCGCAGGAGCGGUACAUCAACGAGGUCGAGCGCGUCACCGCCGUGCUGGACUCCUGGCUCCAGUCGCACCCGUUCUUGGUCGGCCAGAAACUCACCUACGCCGACCUCAGCUUCGUGCCCUACGCCAACGCCGUGCUCCACACCUCCGCCGUCUCGAGGAACGGAAAGCUCUUCGAGGCCGGCAAGUACGCCGCCUACUCCCGCUGGCUGCAUGUCUUGCUGGCCAGGCCCUCGGUCAAGAAGAUCUUGGCCCAGUUUCCUCCGACUGAACGCUGA